AUUUAUUAGCGAAAUAGUGACUAUAAGCAAUAUGUCAUAUAUGUGCUGUCUUGUGCGAGAGCAGGUUGGUUUAUAACAAGAGGUUAGCAGUCUACCGUUUAAUAACAGUGGAUCCUGUUUAUAGUACAGCACUUAUUUCCAAUGGUGUAAACGUCUCCUGAAACAUGCCAGGAUGAAACAAACUGAAACAAGAAUGUUCAGAACUGAAUUUUAAGUUAAAACCGUAAGUCUUUGGCUUCACGACAAUGACAUCAGUUGUGUGUCUUCAAAUACUGCCAAAAGCAUUUGGGCAAUCAGCAGCACCCAGGCCCCCAGCAGGAUGGCUGCCUCAUCAACGCAUCGGUCGCUUAGUCCUGCUUCUCUUACUCCUGCUGGUCAUCUGGGCGGAUCUCGCUCGAGCAAUCUACGACCCCAGCGUCAGGUCGAAUAAGGUGAAGGAGAGGGUCGACCUCAAGCCCAUCUACCACUCCACCACCACAGCUCGCUCUCCAAUCAGGGUGUACGCCAACAGGAAAAGGACUCCAGCGCCUCCUAGACGACAUGGCCACGGAGAUGAAGACGAUCCUGAAAUCAAUUCCUGGAUGUUGGACGAGGGCACGGCUCGCCACGGUCACCAUGGUCUUGGGAGACACGGUCCUGGAAGGCAGGGUCCUGGAAGGCAGGGUCCCGGAAGGCAGGCUCCCGGAAGACAUGGUCUCGAAAGUCCUGUUCUUACAAUUCCUGUUCUUACGAGUCCUGUUCUUGGGAGUCCUGUUCUUGGGAGUCCUGUUCUUACGAGCCCUGGUGUGGCAAGACGCGGGCCCCCAAGACAAUCACCUCCGGGUCGCGCGACCACAGGUCACUCUCCAACAGCUCAAGUGGUACCUGGCGUGCUGACCUGCCCUGAACCUAAUGGUUUAUUUCCAUAUCCCCAGGACUGUUCAAAGUUCAUCAACUGUGCGGGGGGUCGGCCUUACCUACAGUCGUGUGGCCCAGGAACACUUUUCAACUGGGAGACUGGCAACUGUGAUUGGCCCCACGCGGUGCCCUGUGCCAAAACCCCCAUAGCCACGUCUGACAGGGCCACGUCCACCAGGGCCACGCCCACCAGGGCCAUGCCCUUAAGGGCCACACCCACUAGUGAUAUGCCCCGCAGGGCCACACCCCCUACCAAAGCGACCUCUGUUUGGUCACGAUUUAGUAGUAAGCUGUCCGGGAGCGCCAGGUCUGCCGCCGACGCCGUUGUGGACCUCGCCAAUGAUAUUAAGGAGAACUUGAACAAGAAAUUCGGAAAGACGAGGGACAAAGGGAAGAGACUUAUGAAGCAGCUCGGAGUGAAGGACCCGGCCGUGAUGUGCCCUCGCCCUGACGGACAGUUCCCCUACGUCAAGGACUGUGCCAAGUUCAUCAACUGCUGGCGAGGACGGGCAAGUCUCCAGCGGUGUGCCACUGGCACUCUCUUCAACCCUGCCAAAGGCAGGUGUGACUUCCCAGGGAGAACGGUGUGUCCCAGAAGCAGGGCGCUGGAGGGGGAUGCCAGAGUGCAACAUGUGGUGCCUCCCCCGUCAGGUCAGAAGCUGAGGCUCAGGGGUGGCACUGUCCCCUGGGCAGGAUAUGUGCAGGUGAGCGGAGACAGAGACGGCUGGCGUCUACUGGCCGACGCCCCCCAGGCCUGGACGAGGGACGAGGCCACUGUUGUCUGCAGAAGCCUCGGCUUUACCAGAGGGGCAGAGGCGGCGACCCAGGGCCUGAUCUUCGGCCUCUUGCCCAUGAGGAGUGCGGGGGUCCGCCAGGUGGAGUGUGAGGGCACCGAGCAGCACCUCCUGCAGUGUCGCCUUCAGCUGGGCUCUCCGGAAGACCUCGACAAAACGGUGGUCGGGGUUCGCUGCCUCAGGAACUGGGUGUCGGAGUGCAGCGUCGUGGGAGGCGUCCGUUGGGGCCACAAGUGCUACUUCGUACAGACCUCCCCCCUGGUGACGCACGCAGAGGCCAGAGCCAGAUGCUCAAGCAGGGGCGCCAGGCUUCUCUCUAUCACAUCUCAGGAGGAGAACGACUUCGUGUCGGAGCUGUUGAACGCCCAGGGCGGUGACAGCCUCGGCUUCCACACCGGCGGCGUCAAGACCAAGGUCUUCGGCAACACCUUCUUCCUCUGGCAGAAUUCCUCCACUCCUCCAGUUCCAGCUUUCCCAUUCACGCACUGGUGGCCUGGCUGGAACGUAACAGGGGCGGCCGGAGCAGGAGCGGGGCCUGGAGCCCUGGCAGCAGCAGCAGGAGGAGAGGCUGGGGACGCCAGCGCCACCACCAAAUGUGUGGUGAUUAGAGACAGCUUCCCCAUCCUUGAGGGCGACGGGGGAGACUCGCUCUCCAACGGUCCUGCUGAGUACUUCUUCUGGGAGUUGACUAAUUGUGCGCUGAAGCUGAAUUUUGUUUGCGAAACAAAUAAGGUUAACGUAGGUUGCAUCAGGGGUCGAGGGAUGGCGUACAGCGGCACGGCCAACAUCACUGCUCAAGGCGACCGCUGCCUUCCCUGGACGCACCCAGACGUCCAGCCUAAAGUCAAGGAUUUUGGAUCGACUCACGACCUGAGACACAACUACUGCGCCAACCCGGACGGUGACGACACUCCCUGGUGCUUCACCUCCACAGGACGGGCAAACUUUUGCGACAUACCCAGGUGCGCGCGGGAGGAGACAGUGGAGGCGGUGGCACCGACGGAGCCCAGCGCCCUCCUCAAAGUCUGUACCGCUGAUAAGUUCACCUGCACGUCUGGCACCUGUAUCCACAAGGAGUGGCAGUGUGACGGCCAGCAGGACUGUGAGGACGGGAGCGACGAGGUGGGGUGCCCGAACUACAGUCACGAGUUCAGUAAGCGCGUGAACUACCAGCUGAAGGGCCAGGAGGUGGAGAAGUGGCUUUACACCAUCAAGACCACUUGCGCUGCUCGCUGCGUCCAGGCCAAGACCUUCAUAUGCAUGUCCUUUAAUUAUCAACAGUCGACGGAGACAUGCAUCCUGAGCAACAGCAACGUUGGGCUCUCCGGAGGCCUGGUGGCCGCCAGGAGCUGGGAGUACUACGAGAUGAAGAACAAGACCAUCGACUGUACUAAGAUGUUCGUCUGUCAGGACAGCAAGUGCAUCAACCACACUCAGCGGUGUGACGGCCGUCGGGACUGUAAGGAGAACGAGGACGAGCUCGAGUGCGACAACCAGGUCAACUUCGAGGUCAGACUCGUCAACGGUUCGUCCGAUAACGAAGGCCGCGUUGAAGUCAAAGUGUUCGGUCGGUGGGGUCCUGUGUGUGAUGACAUGUGGGGUGUGCCAGACGGGGACGUAGUGUGCCAACAGCUGGGCUUCGUAAAGGGUGCCAAGGAAGUCUUCAUCAACUCAUAUUUCGGGUCUGGCAACGGUCAGUACCUCAUGGAUGAUCUCAACUGCCACGGUAACGAGAAAUCUCUCGCUGACUGCGACUUUGGUGGCUGGGGAGUACACGACUGUCAGCCCUCAGAGGCUGCGGGGGUGCGUUGCUUCCAGUCUGAAGAGUCGUGCGGGAGGGAGCAAUGGAAGUGUGGCAACGGACGGUGUGUGGGGCUCAGGUUCCUCUGUGACACCGUCGACGACUGCCAGGACAACUCCGAUGAGAACCGCACCAUGUGUAAGGCGCCGGUGGAGGUACGCCUGGCAGGUGGAGGAGACGCUGGAAGAGACCUCCAGUCCAGCCAGGGACGUGUGGAAGUGCGCUACCUGGGCGUCUGGGGCACCGUCUGCGAUGAUGACUUCGGUCUGGAAGAGGGACACGUACUCUGCCGGAUGAUGGGGUGGGAAAGGUCUUCGCACAUUUUCAAGAACAACACCUUUGGAGCAGGCACGGGCAUGGUGUGGCUGGACGAUGUGCGCUGCCUGGGCUACGAGGCCUCCGUCGCCGACUGCCAGCACCUGCCGUGGGGCCAGACCAACUGCGACCACACCGAGGACGUCGGCCUCCGCUGCUCCAACAUAUCAGGGAGGGAAGAACCAGAUGAGUACGUAACCUUAUCGCCUGAGAAGGAGGUGCUGCCGGAGACGUGUGGGCGGCGGGCGGUGGAGGACGUCCCUCCUACUCUCACCCUAGAGAGCCCGAAGGUGGUCAGCGGCCACACGCCCCCAGCAGGAGCUCAUCCCUGGAUGGUGGCUAUCAACCUGCGGACGAAGUCUGGCCCGUCGCAGUGGUGUGGAGGAGCCGUGUUGACGGAAGACUACGUCCUCACAGCCGCCCACUGCGUCUUCAAGUACCCGGCCUCAACCUACCUCCUCAAGAUAGGAGACUACAACACUCUCGAGAAGGAAGAGGAGGAACAGGAGUUCCGGGUCUCAACAGUCCUCCUGCACCCGGAGUUCGACAAGGGCCCCUACCUUAACAACGACGUUGCUCUCCUGAAGGUCAUGAGGAAGAACGGAAUGGGCAUCAGAUUUGGCAGGUUUGUGCAGCCUGUGUGUCUGGUCGCUCCCAGAUGGAAGUACCCUCCGUACCUCAACUGUACCGUGGCGGGCUGGGGCAGCCUGGGCAUCACCGAGGGAUAUUCCAAGGUGCUGCAGUCAGCCCUUCUACCCAUCCAGCCGGAGACGACGUGCUCGGCUGACUACGUCUACGGCCCGACGCGCCUCACGCAGGGCAUGUACUGCGCCGGCUACCUGGAAGGGGGUAUCGACACCUGUCAGGGCGACUCCGGCGGCCCAAUGGUCUGCUACGUCGACGAGCGCUACACAGCGGUGGGCAUCACAAGCUGGGGGCACGGCUGUGCUAGGCCCAAUAAGCCUGGCGUCUACACUAAGCUUACAAGAUAUCUUCAAUGGAUCUACUCCAGCUUGGGCUGACUCCUGACCUCCCAUGGAUCUACUCCAGCUUGGGCUGACUCCUGACUUCUCGUGAACCUACUCCAGCUUGGGCUGACUCCUGACCUCCCAUGGAUCUACUCCAGUUUGGGCUGACUCCUGACUUCUCGUGAAUCUACUCCAGCUUGGGCUGACUCCUGACUUCUCGUGAAUCUACUCCAGCUUGGGCUGACUUGUGUCUAUCAGCCGAGUCGAUAUACUGCUAGAUCUUUCGCCGAACAGUGAAUCUACUUCAUCUACCGGCCAAUAUACCUCGACUAGACUAGCACACAGGUCUACUAGUCCAUGGUCUUCGGCGUGGCGUGGGUCUAGUGGACCAAGGGGCAGUCGGGUCUAAAACUUGUACCAGAAUGUAAAUUUCGUCAUUGUGACGUCACACACACGUCGUGUACACGUAUAUAAAACACACUGUUGACCAAACCACACGCUAGAAGGUGAAGGGACGACGGCAUUUCGGUCCGUCCUGGACCAUUCUCAAGUCGAUUGUCUUGAGAAUGGUCCAGGACGGACCGAAACGUCGUCGUCCCUACACUUUCUAGUGUGUGGAUUGGUCAACAUACUUCAGCCACGUUAUUGUGACUCCUCGCCUGUAUAACACACAAUGUUUUAUCUUUUAUGUUCGUAUGGUUAGCUUAGGUUUUGGGUUAGGCCAGAUUAAAUUGGGUUUGGUUAGGUUAAACUGGGUUGGGUUAGGUUAGGUUAGGUUUGGUAUGUUAACAACAAAAUUAGCAAUGACAUAUUUACAAAGGGAUGUAAAUUUUUACAGGUUUUAGACCCGACUCUUAACAGGACCAUUGUAGAAAACCCCGUAAAUGAUCACGUUGCUGGAGCCUCUCGGGCAGUGCCAACACCAACAACCUGCUAGAACACACAACCAAUAGAACAAGAGAACACAAUGACUAUUUUGCAGUGUCAUGCUUUAUGCUAAUUAAGUGUACAUAUAAAACAGGUCUUUUUUUCCCCCCUUCGAGUCUUCACCGGCGCUCUUCUCUAAAUAAUAUCCAGGAACGAAUUUCGUAUUAACAAAAUAUUACUCAAUUGUUAAUCCACUUGUAUUUUAAACUAACUGAUGUUAACAAAUAUUUUCCAAGGUACAAGCCUAUUGUAUGAGUUAAUACAAUCACAUGUAAAAUAAAUUAUAUAAAACUAA